AUGGUGAAAAUGCUGCGCCACUGCUGCGACUGCUGCGCGGCACCUGCCGCGACCACUGCUGCGAUGUUCCUAAACCUACUUGUCCUCCGAACGAGCCAUGGACUCGAGGGUGCUCCGAUUCCUUAUGUGUGUAUCCACGCUCCCAGAGUCACGGUCAGGCGAUAUCACCGAGAUUCGCAGUACUCCUGGUCUGCAAAAUCAUACUGCAUUGUAGUCUGAUUCCUCCGCAUACAAUGUU